GCACUCGUCGAGCCGCGCGCCCGAUCCCAGCGACUCUUCAGCGUCAUCCGCACAUACCCUCGUCCUCGUGCACGCUCCGGCGCCGCCGCUCCAAGAGGCCGCGUCGGGGCGCACCGCCUCUGUCCGGGGCGACGUCCAGGACGGCGGACUCGUAGCGUAAGAUAGGCCAUUCGUACGAGGUCGAACGAGUUGUCUUCAAGUCCAGCGCGGCGCGUGCGUAGGCGGCUACUCGAGGCACGGAUUGGUGGGCGAUGCGGAAGGCCUGAGUUGGAGUACACGAAGGAUGUCGCACAAGACGAGGAGGUGUGGCGAGACACGUUGGAGGUCUGUCAGGUCGUCGAGGUGCUCUCCGACGGCGAACACCCCCUCAGCGCUGAGCGUCGGGCAUGUAGCGGUUGAUCGUCUAACAGUGUUGGCAGACACUGCAGGCGCACAGCCGGCUACCCCUCCACCCAAGGCGCUUCGCCACCACCGCCGCCACGGGUCCACCACCAAGCCGAACCUGUUCCGGGUAGAGCUUGUACGCCAACGCGGUGCCCUUCGACGACAGUUUGGGAUCCUCUUCGUCGGUCCUGCGCACCACGCGCCUUGUCCGUUGGGGAGGAGCGGACUAGGGGUUCGACGGCCGACUCUUGCGCGCGCGUUCGUGCGCACGCUCGCGUUGUCCUGCUUUGCGCGGCGCCUCGAGCGCGACCGCUGGCGCUGUCCCGUUUGCCACCACGCGUCGGCUGCUGCUGCUGCGGGCUACGAGGAGGCCGCCGUGGUCGGUCCUGGCAGGGACCGGCACUGCGCCGUGUUCUCGUUCGGCCGUGGAGGAUCUCGCAGAUGGCAAUGGGCUGGUGGAAGCGCACGGUCUUGCGCAAAGCGCCAGCCGACUUCGUCCUCGUCGUCCGGGGUCUGCGUUCUGACGAAUCCGAGAGACUACGCCACGUUGCUGCUGCUUCCUUUCCGUGGUCGUGUAGUAGGUUGUGGGAGUUGGUAGCUCUGAGCAACUUACUGCCCCUCGCGGGUCGUACUUAUAUACCUUCUCGAGUGCGAGCGAGCUUGGUCCUGCCAUAGGGUGACUCCAUGCGCGCGACAGGGGCCUCCAUUGUUGCAUUGCUGCGGAGGCGGUGUGCAGACAAAGCUCCAGGGAUCGAGUGCUUGGUUCGUCGUCCAAUGCUGGCGCGAUCGCCUAUCC